AUGACUAUGGACGUGAGCAAAUCCGAGACGAAUAAAAAUGGUUCGACGCAGCAGGAGUGCGCCGGCUGCGGGAAGACAAUUACGGAGAGGUACCUCCUCAAGGCCCUGGACCUCUACUGGCACGAGGACUGCCUCAAGUGCGGAUGCUGCGACUGUAGGUUAGGCGAGGUCGGCUCUACCCUCUACACCAAAGCUAAUCUUAUCCUCUGUAAGAGGGACUACCUCAGGCUCUUCGGGAACACGGGAUGCUGCGCGGCGUGUAAUAAGCAAAUACCGGCGUUCGAGAUGGUCAUGAGGGCCAGAACGAACGUCUAUCAUCUCGACUGUUUCGCCUGCCAGCAGUGCACUCAUCGGUUUUGCGUAGGCGAUCGGUUUUACUUGUGCGAGAACAAGAUUCUCUGCGAGUACGACUACGAGGAGAGGCUAGCGUUUGCUAACAUGGCGUUACAGUCACCCGCCUCAUUAGCAUACAUCAAAAGGCAACUCCCUCCUACACCGACGCCCCCGGGCCAGAACAUGCACCCGGGACACAACCCGCUCCAGGCUCAUCAAGGUCUGGGGCAGUCGGUGGCCCAGCACAAUCACGUGCCCAAUGGUCAAAUGUCAGGCGGCACGCCGACGAUGAACGGGACGACCAUAGGGGUCGGCGGGCCGAGGGCGCCGGGUGAUAUGAACAACAACGGUCUGUCCGGGCCCGCCCUCGGGCCCGUGAAGCCGCCUCCGAUGUCCAUGCAGGCGCCGACCAGCUGA